UUUCGCUAAGGCGGAGCGUUUGACAGUUUACGUCUCGUCGGGAUUUCAAUAAGUUUGCACGUUUAAUUCAUAAGAUGCCGUCUAAAAUUUCAAAGUGGUUAUCUUCCUACAAACCAUCAUCUCGUGAGGCGAUGGAUGAAUUUAUCACAUGGAUGUAUUCAAGUAACAAACUAGUUGAUGAUAUAGAAGAGACAUUUGAAAAACUAGUCUCUUCCAGUACUAUUUCUGAUGUCUGUCAAAGAUUAUUUGUAUUUUAUAAAUCAGGUUUACCGGCCUUACAAAAUUUUGUUGUUCUUCUUUUACCUUCAUUAUUGCAUUCAUAUUUAUGUCAUUCUUAUGAAGAUAAUAGCUCAUCAUCUCAGACAAGAAAAAUUGUUUCAAAUAUAUCAGAUUCAUCCCAGUCAUCAUUUUUAAUCAGUUUGAGUUUGUUAGAAUCAUGUUUGCUGAGCAUAUGCAAUUAUUAUCUUGUAAAAGCUGACCCUUUAAAAGGUAAAUUUGAAAGCUUUAUAAGUGAUAUUAACAACUUUCGUCUACCAUCGUUAACCACACCGUCUGUUUUUCAUAAUCCUGUUUCUAUUAAGGAAACAAUCGAAAGAAAUGAUGCCAAUGUUAAAACUGAAAGUGAGAAUUUGAAUCCUCUUAGAGUGUCUGCGAUUAUAUGCUUAAUUCAAAAUUAUAUUGAGAUAUUAUCUACUCUUGAUCUGCAAAAUCCUAUUAUAUCUGUGCUAAUAUUUCACUCAUUGUCAAGAUUUUCAAAGUUUUCAGAUCGUGUUGUUAGCAUAUCAAAACGUCCUCGUAUUCCAACUUCAUCUGGUUUAUUAAUGAUAUUAUUGGAUUGUUCAGAUCUUAUUUUAUUUAAACUCGAUUGCUUUGACAAAUACUCUGGAAGUAAUAAUCGUCUUACUGACUCAAUCCGAUCCUCUAUACUGGACAGUAUUAUAGAAAUUAGUAAUCGUGCUACGCAUCAUUGUUUUUCUUCUUGUCUUUUAGUAUGUCAGUCUUUAUUACACUAUCGCAGUAUUUAUUACGAUUAUUGUGAUCAAAAACCUAGGAUGAAAGAUGGAUAUGUUCAGGAUAUUGAAAAUACCCCUAAUUCUACUCACAUUCCACCUGUGAUCUCUAUAAACUCUGUAGAGGAUAAAACUCUACGUACUGAGUAUACUCCACGACCAAAACUUAGCUCUACAAAUGCUGAAGUAUUUACAAGUGCUUCAUUUAAACCAGAAAUUGUAUCUGAAGAUAUAACUCCAGUCAGUGAAAAUUCUCGAUCGUCCAGACCAGACAAAAUGACAGGCCCAGAGGAGAAUGUUAAUAAUGGGGCUAGUGCAAGUAAUAAUACCAAUAAGAAGCAUUCCAGUGAAGUACAUGAAAGAAAACACAAUAAGUUGAAAAUUGGUGUUGAUUUCCGAAUCAAAUCAAAUGAUCAUAGAAAGCAUACUUUGGAGAAACUAUCUGCACAUCAUGUAAAAAGUAAUAACACUGAGAAGUAGUUCAAUAUAUAUCAUAUAAACUUAAUUUUGUUCCUUGUCUUUCAUUAGCAUUAUCAUUGCUCAUCAUCGUCAAUAUCUUUUACUAAAACACUAUCGUUGGUUUAUGAUCAGUUGACAAAUGAGGUGUUGUUCAUGACUUGCAUUUUCUCGCACCUGUGUUACUCCUUUUAUUUAUUUUCGUAACUUUUUAUUUUUUACAUUCUCAUACAGUCUUUACAAUGAGACCUCUGUGUAUAGAUCUUAACUUUUUCUAUCAAACUACCUAAUUAUAAAUAGCGUACUUUCAGUUGAAAAUUAUUGUAUAUCUUAUGUAAUGUCUUAUUUUCUUUAUUCUACCAGUUAUACAUGCUCAGUUGUUUUAAAAAAAACACUGGUUUAGUAAGUUGAAACUUUCGUAGGUGUUAAUGUAAUUUAAUCUUCUAGAUUUCAUCAAGUUUUGUUUCGUCAAAUAGGUUUGUUUAUUUUGAA